UAUUUAUUUUUGUAGUUGAAGAAACAACGUUGGAGACUCCGUCCCAACAGUUACACAAUCGGUGCUUGCAUUUCCAUCCUUUGUAUACACAACACACUUCAUACCCAACCAAUCUCACUGAACCUUAACAAUGGCAUCUUCUACUCUCACCAACACCAUCUCUCACACUUUUUCUCCUCCCAAAUCUUCAUCUCUCACAUUUCCCACCUCCAGAUCUCUCCAUCUCCCCACCCAGUUCAGGAACACCACACGUUUCACUAUCUCUUGUUCUUCAGAUUCUACAAAUUCUCCAAAACAAGACACCACCCCAAUUGAAUUAAGGUAUUCUGCAUUUCCAACCGUAUUGGACAUCAAUCAGAUUCGUGAAAUUCUUCCUCAUAGGUUUCCAUUUCUUCUAGUGGAUAGAGUGAUUGAAUACAAUCCUGGAGUUUCUGCUGUUGCUAUAAAGAAUGUAACAAUAAAUGACAACUUCUUUCCUGGACAUUUUCCAGAAAGACCUAUCAUGCCUGGUGUUCUCAUGGUUGAGGCGAUGGCACAGGUGGGUGGAUUGGUUAUGUUACAACCUGAAGUUGGAGGUUCUCGUGAGAGUUUCUUCUUUGUUGGGAUAGACAAAGUACGAUUUAGGAAGCCAGUGAUUGCUGGAGACACCUUAGUAAUGAGAAUGACACUUAUCAAACUGCAAAAGCGAUUUGGAAUAGCAAAGAUGGAAGGGAAGGCAUAUGUUGGAGGUGAAAUUGUCUGUGAGGGCGAGUUUUUGAUGGCCACAGGAUCUGCGAGUGAAUGAUUAGUGCAACCUCUCCACCAAAAUGAGAGUUGAUUUUGCUGCAUUUAUUUUAUGCUUGUAGCAUUCUUUUAGUUGUUUAACUCUAGAUUAUAUUUUUGAUAUGUUGUUGAGUAGAAAAUCCAAAACUUUGAUUAAGUUAAAAAGACAACUAUGUGCAUGUGUGGAUUAAAGUUUACAAACUUAAGUUUGAAUAAAACUCAUUUUGCAAAAAUAACUUUUGCGGCCAAUA